AUGAACACUGAUGAAAAAUUUGCUGAAAUGGCCUUAGCUAUCCAACAACUCUCACAAACUGUAGCUAGGUUAGCCAUUAACCAACAAGAAGGGAACAUACCUGCACAACAUCAUGGAAGGAACACUGAGGAUAGAACCAUGAGAAUUGAUGUGUCUAAAUUUGCAGGAACCACCCAUAACCCUGAGGAAUAUUUAGAUUGGGAGGUUGAAUUAGAGAGAUAUUUUGAGUUCAAGGACACACCUGAAGAACAGAAAUACAAGCUGGCUAAGAUCAAAAUGAAUAAACCGGCAGCCAUUUGGCUUGAAGGGGUACAGAAACAAAGGAGGAGGGAAAACAGAGAGAGGAUCAAUACUUGGGGUAAAUUGAAGAAACAUCUUAGGAGAAAAUAUGUGCCUUCAUCCUAUAAACAACAACUUUAUGUACAAUGGAGCACACUUAGGCAAGGUAGCAAGUCUGUAGCAGAUUAUAUUCAAGAGUGGGAAAAACUUGCUGUCCUAUGUGACAUUAAUGAGCCAGAAGAAAUGAAAGUAGGGAAAUUCAUUGAAGGGUUAAGGGAAGACCUAAGGGAAAAGCUUGAAAUCAUACCACACCUAACAUUUGACAUAGCAUGUAAUAGUGCCCUUACAUAUGAGAAAUAUUCGAGGAAAAAGAACACAUAUGCACAGCCCUACAGAUCUGUUUCUUCCAAAACCAACACCACCAGUAGCAGUUUAGGGAAUAUAGGCAUAGGCACCAACAGAAUCAACAAUAGUGCCAACACCACAACACCUAGUAGACCUAGAGACCAGCCAAAUGUACCUAUGAAAGACAUUGUAUGCUUUAAGUGCCAUGGCCAUGGUCAUAUCAAAAGAGAUUGCCCUAAUAUAAGAGAUUUUACUAACAUAGAAUGGACUGAGAUUAAUGAUAGAGAGAGGAGACCUAGAGCUAUUCUUGUGGCUAGGGAUGGGAAGGAAGAAGUCAUAAUACCCCCCAGACCUACUGAUGAACCAGAAGGCUCUUAUGUUUUGACCAACCUAGGAACAUUACAGAGGACAGAACCAGGGGAGACUGAGGGUGAAGAGUCAGAUGCAGAGGCCAGAGAGCAACUAUACCCUGAGGAAGGAAGUUACCAUUUGCUAAUAAGAAGGAAUUUUCAUGCUACACCCAAAGGGAAAAAGUCAGACCAAAGAGAGAGUAUAUUUCAAACAAAGUGCAGAAUUAAGGAUAGGGUAUGUGACCUAAUAAUUGAUGGGGGAAGUGAGACUAAUUGUGUGAGUGCACAGCUAGUUCAGGAUCUAAACCUACACACACAAAACCACCCUAACCCUUAUAAACUAAGAUGGUUUGUUAGCAAGGCUGAGGGUUUUGUAAAGAAGCAAUGUUUGAUUAACUUCUCCAUAGGUUCAUAUCAUGAUGCGAUACUAUGUGAUGUUUUGGAUAUGAGUGCAUGCCACAUAUUAUUGGGAAGACCUUGGCAUCAUGAUAGACACUCAAUACACAAUGGCUUCACCAAUAUCUACACUAUUAGGCAUGAAGGAAAAUUAAAAGACCUCAUACCCUUGCCACCAUAUAAAAUCAGUCUCACACCAACUAAGCAAAAGAAGGUAAGUUUCAUUAUGAGCAAAGGAGAGUUCCACAAGGAAAUUAAAGAAGGAGGGGAGCUACUAUUUUUAUUCACUAAGGAAGUAAGUGAGAAUCAAGAUCAAUACCAUCCUAGGGUCUUAGAAUUAUUAGAAGAAUUUAGUGAUGUUUUUCCACAAGAACUACCUGAGGGGCUACCACCUUUGAGGGGAAUAGAACAUCAAAUCGACCUAAUACCAGGAUCACAAAUUCCAAACAAGAUAGUAUAUAGGACAAAUUCCCAAGAAGCCUUAGAAUUACAAAAACAAGUGGAUGAACUUUUGGCCAAGGGGUAUGUUAGAGAGAGUAUCAGUCCUUGUGCUGUACCAACCUUGUUAGUACCUAAGAAGGAUGGGACAUGGUGUAUGUGCAUUGAUAGUCGAAGUGUGAAUAACAUCACAAUCAAGUAUAGGUUUCCUAUUCCUCGUAUAGAUGACAUGUUAGAUGAACUCACAGGGACACAGUGGUUUAGUAAGAUAGAUUUGAGAAGUGGGUAUCAUCAAAUACGAAUGAAGGAGGGAGACGAAUGGAAGACAGCAUUUAAAACAAAAUAUGGAUUCAAGGAAUUAGAAGAACACUUUAGGCAUUUAAGGUUAGUUUUCAAGGUCCUUAGGGAACAAAGAUUGUAUGGAAAACUAGAAAAAUGCCACUUUCUAAGUCAAGAAAUUAGUUUCCUAGGAUUCAUCAUCAAUAGAGAAGGGGUAAAAGAAGAUCCAAAGAAAAUAAAGGCUAUCCAGGAUUGGCCAACACCUAAUAGUAUCACCCAAAUAAGACCAUUUCAUGGAUUGGCUUCUUUUUACAGAAGAUUUAUCCAUAACUUUAGUUCCAUCAUGGCCCCAAUAACUGAAUGCACAAAAAAAGAGAGAAGUUCAAUGGACACAAGGGGCACAAAAGGCCUUUGA